AUGUCUGAUGAUCGUCAUGGAGAGAAGGAGCCUCUAGAGCCGGAGUCCACGCCAGAGACGCUGGACUUUGAUGACGAGUUGCCACCAAGGCAUACCCCUCGAGGUCGAAAGUGGAUCUUGGCUGUCGGUGCGCUCAUUGUGAUCGGUCUGGCGCUUGGACUCGGAGUCGGUCUGGGCAAGCAUCACUCGGCCAAGAGCAGCCCUACAGCUACACCUAGUCCAUCCAUCUGGACGGGAGGGCCAGAGAACGCUACCGACAUCAAGACGACGUUGACCCGUGAAGAACUGCUUGGAGAUCAAGAUAGAUGGCUCCUAUCCAAUCGGAACUUUACAAUCUCCACGGAGCCGCAGACCCGAACAUUCAAUUGGACGCUGUCUGAAGUGAAUGCUGCCCCUGGAGGUCUGAUCAAGCCGAUGAUCGUUAUCAACGGGAUGAGUCCUGGACCCAUGCUGGAGGGCAACCUCGGUGAUCGAUUCGUCAUCAAUGUGUACAACAACAUGACCAAUGAGACGACUAUCCACUGGCACGGUAUGUAUUUGCGAAAUCAAAACUUUAUGGACGGGACAUACUCUGUCACACAGUGUGGCAUUCCGCCAGGUGGUUCCAUGACCUAUAACUGGACCGUUCAACAGUGGGGUAGCUCAUGGUACCACGCGCACAAGGCGGCUCAGUACACUGACGGUCUCUACGGCCCGAUCGUCCUUCAUACGCCAAACGAGACUGCCAUGACCGCCAACAAAUAUGACGAGGACUAUACAGUCAUGAUCAACGACAUGUACAAUACACAAGCGUCGGCCAUCACUUGGCGAUACGAAGCGCUUGGAACCGGCUUGGACGGGAAUCCAGGAGACGAGCCUGCACCAGAUGGAGGUAUGAUCAAUGGAGUAUCUCAAGCACGCUGCGCCUACCUACCCGCAUCAAACGAUGUCGAACCUGAACGUCGGCGAGAUGUGUCAGAGCGCCAAGCUGGCGAAUACGCUUUCUACCCAUCCUCAAAUUAUUGCGGAUCUGAGCAUGUCGACUACUGGAAUGUCACCUGGGUCCAAGGCGACACCUACCGCAUCCGACUGAUUAACCCAGGCACGUUUGUCAAUACCAUUUUCAGUAUCGAUUCACACCCUUUGACCAUCAUCGAAGCGGACGGGACGAGCGUCAUACCCUACACCGUUAACUCUGUGGAUAUUGGCGUCGCGCAAAGAUACUCCGUCUUGGUGACUCUCAAUCAGACCAAAGGUGCCUAUUGGAUCAGAAACACUUUGGCCACCGACCAGCUCCGAUAUACGACCCCCGAUUUCAACGCCACGACGCUCGGUGUUCUCAGAUAUCAAGGAGUUGAUCCGACAUUGAUGCCUGCUAAUCUCCCGGCGCCUUCAUUAAACGGUACAGCAAGCUUUGACUCUAGUCAACUCGUCCCCGCCGAUAGAAUCGACGCUGUGCCACCGAGCAAACAGGUGUUUGUUCAGUUCGGAAUGCAAUACACGACAGACAAGCAGCAUUACAUGUUCUUCAACUCGUCGUCUUGGACACCGAUGGCCCCGGGCCAAUCGACCAUUGGGACCAUCAAAAGCAUCGGCGCAAGCUCUUUUAGCGGAAACGCCAGUGCCAUGAGUCAACUGCAGGAUGGCCGACUGGGCUCGCAGUUGACAAUCAUCAAUGAAAAGCCAGAAUACAUGGAUCUGAUUGUCAAUUCUCUGGACGACGGGGAUCAUCCCUUCCACCUGCACGGUCACACCUUUCAAAUCAUGUCGAUGGGCUCGACUGGGUUCUACGAGGACUCGAGCAGUCUCAACAUGACCAAUCCUAUGCGAAGGGAUACAGUCAUUAUCCCAGCAUAUGGUCAUCUAGUCCUGCGGAUAGAUACCAGCAACCCAGGUGUCUGGGUCUUCCACUGCCACAUCACAUGGCACAUGGAGAUCGGGCUCUUGCUCGCCAUUGUUGACCUACCGGACGAGAUUGCCGCGUUCGAGACGCCGAACGAUUGGAAUCAGCUUUGUGCGCCAGACGCCAGGUUAGGGUACUGA